AUGGCAAACCUCACCAUGGAUAACGUGACUGUGGAGAAUGACACGGCGGUGCAGGACAAUCAAACCCUGGGCGUUUGGACUGACUAUUCAGUUGAAUACAAAGUGGUCAGCGUGUUUUUGGUGUCCCUCAUAUGCGGGGUGGGGAUCGUGGGCAACGUGAUGAUCAUACUGGUGGUCCUGACCACCAAACACAUGCGGACUCCCACCAACUGUUACCUGGUGAGUCUGGCCGCGGCUGACCUGAUGGUGCUGACAGCCGCCGGGCUGCCCAACAUCACCGACGCCCUGUACGGACAGUGGGUGUUCGGCUACGCGGGCUGCUUGGGGAUCACUUAUUUCCAGUACUUGGGUAUAAACGCGUCCUCCUGCUCCAUCACUGCCUUCACGGUGGAGCGCUACAUCGCCAUCUGCCACCCCAUCAAAGCGCAAUUCCUGUGCACUUUAUCCAGGGCGAAGAAGAUCAUCAUGCUGGUGUGGGCGCUCACCUCAGUUUACUGCGUCAUGUGGCUCUUUCUGUCAGACACCAAGAAGUUGGUGUAUGACAACGUGGUGCUGCUCAGCUGCGCCUACAAAGUGUCCAGGAGUCACUACCUGCCCAUUUACUUCACUGAUUUCGCGGUGUUUUACGUGCUGCCCCUCAUGCUGGCCACGGUUCUGUACGGGCUGAUCGCCCGGAUACUUAUCCUGAACCCGCUGCCUUCGGACCCCAAAGACAGCACCAAGAAGUGGAAGAAGGAGACGAGUCAGGGAGGGCGGAUGAUCAGCACCAGCUCCUCCAGCAGCACCACGGCUGCCUCCCGCAGACAGGUUACAAAGAUGCUGGCUGUGGUGGUGAUCCUCUUCGCCUUACUCUGGAUGCCCUACCGGACCUUAGUGGUGGUCAACUCCUUCCUGGACAAGGCCUACCUGGAUACCUGGUUCCUGCUCUUCUGCCGUCUCUGUAUCUACCUAAACAGCGCCAUCAACCCGAUCAUCUACAACGCCAUGUCCCAGAAGUUCCGCGCUGCUUUCAAGAAGUUGUGUCACUGCGGCCCUCAGCGAAUGGAGAAACCGGCUUCUUACAGUGUGGCGCUAACCUACAGCGUCAUCAAGGAGACGUCCAAUGGGGAAAGUCCCGACCACUUCACGGAAAUGGAUGAUGAGCUAAACAUGCCAGCAGAUCAGUACUUACCUACCAGCAUCCUGCCAAGUGCCAAGAAGAUGCCCUUUGAGGAGCCUUCCUUGUCUGGGAGUGAUGUCAAAGUCUGACUGAAAGCAAAUUCUCCACCUAAAAGGGAUUCUGACAGCUGGAUUCAGUGACCCAUGGGACAUUUUAGAGACAUUUCCAUUCAAAG